AUGCGCGCCCUCGAAGACGCAAACGAAGUCCAAAUCUUCCGCACCCAGCGCGAAAUGGCCCACAUCCCAAAGAAACAAAAAGGAAAACAUCAUCAACCAGAAGUAUCAACAGGCCCCGUCCUAGUCGACGUAUUCGCCUGGCGUCUCUCCACCUCACCAAACGCCCCUCCACGUCGUAUCUACGAGGAAGGCAAGAAGACAAAAAUAAAGAUUAAACCUGUGGUGGGUAGGGAAGUCGGUGUCGGGCUUGAUACCUCGCAUUUGAGUAAACGGAGGCAGGCGGCGAGGGUGGGUAAGGUGUCUAGGGAGGUGUUGAAGAUGAAGGUGAAUUGGGAAAAGGAGAAUGGGAUGGCGUGGUUGCAGAGGGGGAAGGUGGCAAAGUUCAAGCCUCAGAGAGCGUAG